CCCUAACGAUGCCGCUUCAUGAAUCAUCCGAGUGCAUCCCGUGGACUGUUGCGGUCACCACUGAAUGUCUAGCGAUAGUCAUCCUUAAUAUCAUCACCAUUAUUGUAUUUGUGAAGCAGCGUCAGCUAAAGCGCCGAAGUACAUACUUAAUCAUCCACCUGGCGAUAGUCGAUCUCUUAGUCGGGGCAGUCUCAGGACCAGUUUAUAUUUACUGGUUAGGGAGUUUUUGCGACCUAUGGGAAUUAGCUUUGACCAGUGACAGCCAUCGAAAACUGCUCAACAUAUUACUUCAGCGCUUCCCUUUUGCUUCUCUUCUGAAUCUCGCUGCCAUUUCAUUAGAGAGGGUGCAUGCAACAUUGUGCCCAUUCAGACAUCGUUUGAUUCAAAAAUGGGUUUAUGGAGUUAUGAUAAUUGUAAUUUGGUUUACAAAUAUCACUGUAGCACUCAUAGAAAGAGCCACAAGCAGUGGCAUUUUUUACUUUACAUCUUUUCUUUUUUUUCUCUUUAUCAUUUCUGUGUCUUACAUUUCUAUUUUUAUCAAAGUCCACUUAAGUCGUUCUUUACCGCGCCAUGGCGCAGCAGCUGCGAGGGAAAGAAAAUUAACGAGUAUCUUAUUCAUGGUUACCCUAACGUCUUUAUUUAUGUGGUUUCCAUCAGUGAUACAGACUGGGAUGUACAUUUUUAGUUUUCCGUUACUCAUCAACUCUUUUUGGGUGCCAUACUUUCAAAUCAUAAUGGUGGCAUUAUACUUGGCCAACUCGCUAAUAAACCCCAUAGUCUACGCCAUGCGGAUGCCAGAAUUAAGACAAGGAAUAAAACAAAUUAUAUUACGCAUGACCCCAAACCAUAUAAACCCGGGGGAAAUACCUUUACGUGAUUUUUAGCAAGUUUUUCUUGUGAACUGUCUUGGACUUCCAGGAGUUAUUAACAUAUGACUUCGCCUUAUGCUAUCACUACGCUGUUCCACAAUCAAAAGAUGAUUAUUGGGAAACGCAUCAGCUAUAGGCUGUUUUCUCUUGAGAUAAAGCCAAAUUCUCUUUGCUAUCCACAAGGAGAUCAUUUUAGCUGGAGAAAAAACUUGCUUGACAUAUUUUGAAACUUAGAGGGUAAAGAUAUUAUUUUAGAAAUAAGGUUAGGUUCACUGAUAUAAUUUAGAAUUUUGUAUGCAGCGUAAAACUCGAUUAUAAUGAAAUAAUGUAAUUCGCGGCCUUUUGCGAAGAAAAUUUAAAAUAGUCAUUUUUUUCUCUACUUUCAAUUUCCUAAAAUGAUGUUGCAAUUUAUAAUACAGCGAUAUCCAACAGGAAAUAAGAUAGAAGCAUCUGAAUUCUUUUUGGCGCUACAAGCACAACCAGUACAAUCAUAUCAUCACACA